AUCUCCACAUGAAUUCAGCAAAGUAUGUCGAAUAGUGAUAUUUUCUUCUUCCGUGAGUUGGUAAGUUGGCUUUCAGUUGGCGCCAGUGACCUUCAAUUUUGUUAGUGUUGUCGCCGUCUUUAUUCACAAAUUCCUUGGAGUGGUUGACAGUUUUAUGUACGUAUCCAUAUUUUUCUAGGUUUAUGUAUCCUUUCCAACAAUCAGAUAUUAUAAUUGUUCCUGUUAAAAUCCACUUUUGAACGAGAGGAAUAAGACUUUUUUCUGAUCUGUCCUCAACGCUUUCGAUAAAGCAUUUUCGAGAGUCUUGUUCAAUACCGCCGAAAACCCAUUGGCCUUCGACAUAGUGACCUCGAUGGUAUUUGCGUUUACCAACUUUACUCUCGUCUAUUUGUACCGUUUUCCCGUCUCCACCAAUUUUUUCUGUUUUCUUCUCAAUUGUUGCCAGGCAAACCUCUCGACAGAACAUUGUCCAGUCAACACCUGUAUUUGGGCUUAGUUUUAGUUGAGAGAUAAUUUGGCUUUGAUCGAGACCAAUGCACCACCAAUACGUGAACUUUAAUAUUUCAGUCAGCGUCAUGUUACUGUUAUCGAACCAAGACCCUUUCCGUAUACUAGAUUCUACUUUGUGCCGUUUUCCAUUGACAGCUUUUCGACACUGCCAUUUGUAGCCAUCGGAUCGAUCGUUACACGAUAUUAGGACCAUCAAAUUCUGGCAUUGUGGACACACUACCGACCGGGCUAUAAUUUCCAAUUCUUGCAACCACUUGAUAAUACAUUCAUUAUUACCAAGAUAAUUUUCAACGAGUUCGUCAUAAGUAAGGUGGCUAGAUUUUCUGUCUCUAUUGUAGCUGUUUAAUAUAUGGUUAUCACACUGUACACUCUUCUCUGUGAAUUGCUUGUCAACUGAACUUGCUGUUUGACAGGAUACAGUACGCGUUCGUUUGACAGUAUACAUGUAUGAAAGAACUACUAAUGUGGUAUUAAGUCUCGAAUUUUAUAGCCGUCGACUAGUCACGUUUCUGCUCGUAGAUAUCAUGUCGAUAAUCUGUUUAUUUUAAGGAAAAAGAGAUGAUAAAUUUGCGUACAGUGGUCUUUGGGGAAAAUUUGCGGUGCUCCUAAUCCGCUAAUACUAUGAUUUGAGCAUUCUAAUUUUCUUUUGUUGUUUUCUUGUUAAUAUGUAAUGUGGAUUUGUCUAAUGCAUUUGAAACAAUAGAUAUUAAAAUAAGCUGUCUUAUUAUUUAUCGAUUGUUCGAAUUGCAUUAUACGGGUCGAAAAUUCGACGUAUAAUUUGAAAGCUUUAACGAUGAAGGUCGCGGUUAAGUUGGUACACAGGCGUCGUUUCAAAAUUCUGGUGUAAUUGUUAUUAUGGAUUCAUACUCAAGGGACGUAAUUGACACAGAAUUAUUAAAAACAGAGUUAUGUUUUGCAUAAAUUGGGCAAAGGGUUUCUGCUUAUACACAAUGCAACAAAGACCAGUGUUGAAAAGUUUUCUAUCAUCGAACAUGUCUUCUUCUAAGUUGGCAAGAGUUAGCAAGCAGCAUGAAAAAACAUGGUGCGAUUUACACCGGCGUUUGAUUUCGGUACCGUUUUCAUUUGAAGAUGUUUUUACAGAGCCAGUAUACGAGUUCAUCAAAAACAAAUCAAUCGCUUUAAGUACAUCAAUAGGAUAUAUGGUGCCGUGUUUAUUGACGACGACUGCGUUUGUGACCGGCUUGAAUGGUACCACAGUUUCCAGCAGUACAGAUCAUAGAACGACUCUUAAUCUUUACUCAGUCGUAGUAGGACCACCAACUACAGGCAAAUCGCAAGCGAUGAAAGAAUGUGCGAUGGAUCCUUUGAUUGCUGUUCGUGACAACAACGACUUAGGGGACUUUGUACUCGAAAGAUGUACAACGUCGGCUUUGGUUAAGUGCGUCUCCGACCAGAAGAGAGGAGUUGUUGUUUCGCCUGAAGUGUAUGAUGUUCUGAACAGAAUGUUGAAAAACGAAGAAGAAAAUGGGUCUGGCGAGGUUCAAAUGCUUUGUGAACUAUUCUCGGGUGAGCGGACGUCCUACAAAUAUGCUACGGAGAAAACGCGUAACAUAGGAGAGAACGUGCCAUUUGCAAUCAUAGGCUGUACGCAAGUUCCGUUUGCAGCGCGUUUAAUCUGCCGAAUGGACCAAGGUCACGGCUUGCUUGAUCGUUUCUUGUUUUGGUUUCCAAUGUGUCUGAGGCCAUCACCACAUGAGACCGAAGCAGCAAAAGGGGUGCUAAACCGUAUACCAGUUAAGUCAUUCACUGACGUUUUUCUUGAGAUGUAUUCCUUGCAUUUGGGCAAAAAGGAGUACAGCUUCACUCAAGCAGCCCGGAAGGUCAUUCAGUCUAUCGAGACUGAGUUUAUUACGGAGUUAAACGAGGCAAUAACCGAAGGUAUCCCCUCACCAAAGUCCAAAAGAACCGAUUUGGUGAAAAGAUUGGCGGUCUCGCUCCAUGUGUUUACACACAUUAUUAGCGACCUUGUUGAAGAGAAGGACUUAAUGCACACUGAAAAGUCUCUUUUAGUUCUGGAUUAUUGUGAGUCACAGAAACAAAUUGUUAUUGAGGUAAUUAAAAUGAACUAUAUACUUAGUGCUAUGAACAAAUAUACAUAUACUAUUAUUAUAGUGUGUAUUUUGAUAUCUGUUUUGUUAUAUUAAGCACAAAGGUGCCAGUUAUGCAGUACUAUUUGUGGUAUCAAGAGAUUUUGGAUCAUGAUCAUAUUUGUUUCAUGAUUUGUAAUUCUAGUUUAUUGGAACAUUGACGAGCGAGUCUGUGGUUCCUGAGAAGAUGCAGCCUACGUUGGAAGAAAUCAUGAUUGGUGUGCUUAUGUUUCCGGGUCCCGUAGUGACAAAACGGUCCUUUAAACAAUCGGCUGGGAGAAAAAUACGUGGGAUAGUUGACAGCGAGUUUCUCACGGCUUUGGAGAGAUUAGAGAAGGAUGGUUGUGGAGUUAUCAAAAAAUUGCGUGCCAGUGUCAAUGCUAGAAGAGAAACUGUGGUCUUUGUGAAAUUAGAAGAAUUGCCUGGAGAAAUAGCUUUGGUUUCGCAAGAUGAGUACAGAAAAAAAUUUCAGUUGCCAAUCCACAAGGCUAUUUCAGAAGCAACAAAAAUACAGCUACAGGAAAAACAAUUGCUUCCGAGCAGCUAG